CGAAAUAUGAGACUUUUAGAAGAAAAGUGUGGCUCUCAUAAGUCAUAAGUAACAAAUCUCAAUCGAACACAGCCCAUUUCACAAACAAAUAAAUUACAUAGUACUUUAUAUAAACGAUUUCAACAUUAUUAUAAAAUUUGUAAUUCCCCCACACCCCCGACCCCACCCCUUCGAUCUCAUCUCUUCCUCCAAAAACUUCUUUAUAAUCCAACCCUUCACACCCUUCCCAACUCAGGGUUCACUAAAAACGGAUCCACUCCAAAAACAACAAGAUCAUAUAAAAUAACAACACUUUCCCAAUCGUAAAAAAGAAAAAAGAAAAACCCAGCAAUUGCAAUGCAAUAUCACACAAUGACAGGCGGCGGCGGCGGCGGCGACACGAGCAAGACGACGAAGCUGGAGCGAUACAACAGCUACAUCCGGCGCGUGAACAGCACGAAGCUGCUCCAAGCCUCUUCGAAGCUCCUCUUCCGCGUGACCCUUUUGGUUGCCCUCCUCCUCAUCUUCUUCUUCACCCUCAACUACCCUCCCCUCUCCCCCUCCUCCUCCUCCGACCACCACCACCACCACCUCCAUUCCGCCAACAGCCUCCUCUCCUCCGCCUUCUACGGCAGCGGCGCCGCCUGGGAGAAGCAGGUCCGCCGCUCCUCCACCCCCCGCCGCCCCAACGGCUUCUCCGUCCUGGUCACCGGCGCCGCCGGGUUCGUAGGUUCCCACUGCUCCCUGGCCCUCAAGAAGCGCGGCGACGGCGUCCUCGGCCUUGACAACUUCAAUCCCUACUACGACCCCUCCCUGAAGCGCGCGCGGCAGCAGCUCCUGGCCUCCCACGGCGUGUACAUCGUGGACGGCGACAUCAACGACGCCGACCUCCUCCACAAGCUGUUCGACAUGGUCCCCUUCAGCCACAUCCUCCACCUGGCCGCGCAGGCCGGCGUCCGGUACGCCAUGCAGAACCCCCUCUCCUACGUGAACUCCAACAUCGCCGGCUUCGUGACCCUCCUGGAGGUGGCGAAGGCCGCCGAUCCCCAGCCCGCCAUCGUGUGGGCCUCGUCCAGCUCCGUCUACGGCCUCAACACCCAGGUCCCCUUCUCCGAGUCCGACCGCACCGACCGCCCCGCCAGCCUCUACGCCGCCACGAAGAAAGCCGGCGAGGCCAUCGCGCACACCUACAACCACAUCUACGGCCUCUCCAUGACCGGGCUCCGAUUCUUCACGGUGUACGGGCCGUGGGGGCGGCCCGACAUGGCCUACUUCUUCUUCACCAAGGACAUCCUGCAGGGCAAGGGGAUCAACGUGUACGUGACGCAGGAGGACAAGGAGGUGGCGCGUGACUUCACCUACAUCGACGACAUCGUGAAGGGCUGCGUCGGGGCGCUCGACACGGCCGAGAAGAGCACGGGCAAGGCCGGGAAGAAGCAGGCCCCCGCGCAGCUAAGGGUCUACAACCUCGGCAACACGGCCCCCGUGACGGUCGGGAAGCUCGUCGGGAUACUCGAGUCACUGCUCGGGACCAAGGCCAAGAAGCACGUCAUCAAGAUGCCCCGAAACGGCGACGUUCCGUACACACACGCUAAUGUGAGCCAGGCCUAUAGGGACUUCGCCUACAAGCCCGCCACCGACCUCGCUGCCGGCCUCACCAAGUUCGUCAAGUGGUACGUUGGGUAUUACGGGAUCCAGUCCAGGGUAAAAAAGGAAAUUCACGUGCACGCCGAUGAUUAAGCGUUUUUAUUCAUCACAUGGGGAGCUGAGGUGGGUCCAUCUUUAUUUAUAUUUUUCCACUUCCCUUUUUUUUUUUUUUUUAUAGAAGAAAUGUUGUCUGCCUACGCAUUUGGAUCAAUUCAUGAUGCUGUUAUAGUAUUAGGAGCAUAGAUUUUCAUAUAAAAAUAGAAAUGAAAAGAAGAAGAAAAAAAUGGGAGGGGGCGGCGGCAACGCAAGUGUAGAUCUGUGAAUUUGGGAUUUGCAAUAAUGUAUCCUAUGAAAUUAGGGUGAAAGAAAAAAGGGUUGGAAUCUGUACAAAAAAGAAGUGGUUCAGAUCAACCGGCAUCAAUUGUAUCAUCAACUGUAUAAUUUGUUGGAAUAGCUAGUGCAAGGAAGGCAUCGAGAUUCUUCUUUUAAAUAAUUGUCUAUAUAUAUGUACCUUGCUUUUAUUUAAUCAUACUCAAAAUUGAUGAUAAUUUUGGAUUUGUA